UUAAGAAAUAUUUAUUGACAGUACUAUGGGAAAUACAAAGAUGAGUCUGACACAGAUCCUGCCCAGAAGGAGCUUACAGUCUAGUAGGGGAGGUAGAGCACAUACAUACAGGGGAUACAUGGUCAGAGCUAUAUUUCAGUAAGAUGAGUCUAAUACUACUAAUAUGAAACUUUGAGUUCCUCUCCCCUCGGCCUGUUCAUGAUUAAAUGAAAACGUAUUGAUGAAUAUUAAAUAUCCUCAAUAUUCCAAGCAUGCCAGAAACCACAGUGAAAAAAGACAAAACAGAACUUUGCCCACAGUGAGCUUGCGUUCUAGUGAAGUAGUCAGACCGUAAGCAAAACUAUAAUUUAGUAGCAGUGUUUUGAAAAUGUUCAAUGGUUAAGAAAAGUGUUUAAUGAGUAGAACGAGGAACCGAGCCAUCAGAGUGAAGAAAGUAGAGUGGUUUUCAUUAGCAACAUCGAGAAAAGCCUCAUGGAAAGAAAACGGGCGCCCACAUCCCCACGGCACUGCCCGCCGCUACUGAUUGGUUCAAGUCCUGCUUGCCAGGCCGCAGCUGCCUCAUUGAUUGGCCGCAGAGUAAGGGCGCGUGCAGCCUCUGAUUGGCUGAGGAGUAGGUGUGUUGUUGCUGAUUGCCUGCAGUAGAGGCCUGUCCAGACGCUGAUUGGCUGUAGAAUAGGCCCAUGCAACCGCUGAUUGGCUGCAGGGUAGACACGCCCAUGCAAGGCCGGAGGGCAGGACCAAGGGAGACUCCAGCGGCUCCACAGCCUUCCGCGCGCCACAGGUGAAAGGCGCCAGGCGUCGCGAGCCGGUCCGGGCCUGUUGGCUUUCCUGGCGACCGUUGAGCGCGCGGUUUGUGUUGGAACUGCCCAAACUGGGGCUUCUCUGUGAGUCAGGCGGCCCCAUGCUCGACAGUCAGAAAAUCAGCUUUCCAGUCAGCCUGAGUCGGGCAGUCGUCCCAAAGUGAGUCUUUUCCGCAGCAAGUCGGGAAAGCCCUUCAUGCCACUGGGCUCCGCCAAGGAGAUGCACAGUCGGAAGUGUGCUGAGGACCAGGGAUACCCUGGAGCCCUUGGGACAGAGCCAACGUUACUCAUCAUCUCGUCUUCUGAACCACAAGGCUCUGAUGUGAGAGCCAGCUGUGGCGAAGGCCCCGGCCCCUCCUAUUCCUGAGGACCACUACUGCUGUAGAUGGCAGGACCACUGCCGCAGCUGGCACCCGCCAGGCUGCUCUAUUCCUCUUGUUCCUUGGAGAAGACUCUGCAGUGCAGCUGUUCCUUCCAUGGGAUCCCCACACCCUCCGUGCAGUGGUGGAUGGGAGGUACUCCUGUGGGCGUGAACAACACCGAUGGCAGCCUCCAGGUGACUUCCACAAUAAUUGCCCCCUGGGCCAACAGCACCAUCAGCCUGACAGAGCAGCCAAGAAUGAGCACGAGGCUUCUCUGUAAGGGGAAGAACAAAAAUGGAACCCAUGCUUUGAGCAUCCUGCUGAUACCAAGAGAGAGGUCUUCGCCGGGCAAGACUUUCAUUAAUGGGCUGAUCCAGGGCCUUGUCUAUGGAGCCAUUGCAACUGCACUGCUAUUCCUCUGCUUCACCCCACUCAUCAUGAAAUAUAUCAGAAUGAAGCUGUCAAAGAAAGUUGCAGUGGUCAAAGCAACAAACAACCCUAAAGUCAGAGCAAGCCAAGAAGCCAAGAUGCCUCUGAAGCCUCAAGAGCCAGAAAAAUCCACAGUCAGCCCAUCUUCAGAGAAGCAGAUAUUGCAUCCCUUACCCUAGACUUCCAGAAAAAAGCAAAAUAAACUGGAACUGAUGAAGCCUGUGAAGACUACAUGCCUACCUGGAGUCCCCACCGUCCAUGGAAUUACCACAGUCUACAGAAUACUCAGCAACCCCCAGAAACCCUGGAGUCUAUGACAAACCCAAAGCCCCCAGAGUCUCCUCAUCUCACAAGGACCCCUCAAGCCCCACCUGCCCCUCACACUGAUUCUCCGUUGAAUAGGGUUACUUUGGAACCUGGUCUUAGAACGUUUGAAAGCAAACUCUAUGAUCUGCUGUUCGGGUUAACUAGAAGAAAUAUGCCUUGGCCUAUGGUGUCAAAGGAAGGGAAAAUAAAUAUGAGACCAUGGUCCACCAAAAAGUAGCUUUGGAGCCCCUACUGUAUGCCCAGAACCUGGAAUAUACAUACAAGAACACCAGGCUUUAGAGCCAUCAUAUAUGGACUGAAUACAAACUUCAGUGCUUAGUGGCUAUAUGUCUUUGGAUAAGACCUUUCACCACUGCCCUGAGGCAUACAUGGGUGGAGAGUGAGUGAAAAGUGGUGUCCAGAGGUGGAGGUGGAGAAAAGACACAAAGUGUGUCCAAGAGCCCAGAGGGGGUCUAUGCACUGGAGCUCAGGUUGAACAGUGAGCUCCUGAGGUCCCUGAAUGCCAAGAUUAAGGCAUUAGAACUUUAUCUGGUAGGAUGUUAAUCCUGACUCCCUUGGAAUGUAAGUUCCACAAAACAGGGAUCUUGUCUAUCUUGUUUUCUGCUUGUACCACCAGCACCUAGAAUGGUUCCUAAAAUAUAACAGACUC